CUCUCUCUCUCUCUCUCUCUCUCUCUCUCUCUCUCUCUCUCUCUCCUCUGCACAGUAUUCAGUAGACCGCAUAUGAAUACUCGGCGCAAGUUUAAAACAAGCCUGUUCUCCUUCCUCCUAGGCUUUGCUCGAAUUUGAAAUCUCGCUGUACUUCUCUCUCAUUUCGUUUGCGCUUUCGAAGGUUUUUCUGCGGUUGAUUUCGGUCGUUUGACGGGGGAAAAAAAUCUGAGAAUGGAGACUCGAUGUUGAGGUUGGAGAGGAUGAUUGCUGCCGAGGAGCAGCCACUGAAGGCUGCAGCGGUGGAGAGGGACAUUGAUUUGACUCUCACAUCCCUAAAGAAAGGAGCCCAUCUGCUCAAAUAUGGACGCCGAGGGAAGCCUAAGUUUUGCCCCUUUCGACUCUCAAAUGAUGAGUCCACGCUUAUAUGGUUUUCUGGGAAGGAGGAGAAACACCUAAAACUAAGCCAUGUUUCUAGAAUCAUCCCUGGUCAGCGUACUGAGAUAUUCCAAAGGCAUCCUCGUCCAGAGAAGGAAUAUCAGUCGUUUUCUCUAAUAUACGACGAAGAUUCCUUGGACUUGAUAUGCAAGGAUAAAGAUGAAGCUGAAGUCUGGUUUACUGGUUUAAAAUCUAUAAUAUCACGUGGCAUUAGUGGAAAAUGGAGGGUAGAACCACGUAGUGGAUUUUCAUCUGAAGCUACUAGCCCUAGAGUCCGGACACGAGCAAGCUCUCCCUUGAGCUCUACAUUACACAGUGGUAGCUGUUCACAGAAGGAUGGUUAUGAUGGGAUCCAUCUUCAGACAUCUGAAGGUAUCCCUCCCAAAAUUACCUUGGAGAAGGCUUUAUCUGAUGUGAUACUACAUGCUAUGCCACCCAAAGGCUUCUUCCCUUCAGAUCCAGCCCGAGGGUCAAUGUUCUCUCUGUCAUCCGGUGGCUCUGAUGGAACAAUUGGGUAUAGAUGUGGUAUGAACGUAGAUGCUUUUAGGAUUAGUUUGUCUAGUGCUUUUAGCACAUCGAGUCAAGGUUCUGGUCACGAUGAUGGUGAUCCUCUUGGUGACAUAUACAUUUGGGGUGAAGGUACUUGCAAUGGCUUAUUGGGUGGAGGAGUACAUAAAGUUGGAAGCCAUCAUGGAGUUGAACUUGAUUCUCUUGUGCCCAAACCCCUUGAAUCUGCUGUGAGGCUUGAUGUUCAGAGUAUUGCUUGUGGUGGGCGACAUGGUGCUCUGGUGACAAAGCACGGAGAUGUAUUUACUUGGGGCGAAGAAUUAAGGGGUAGACUCGGGCAUGGUGUAGAUUCGGAUGUCUCGCAUCCUAAAAUAGUAGAAUCCCUUAAAAAUGUCAAUGUCGAGCAAGUUGCAUGUGGAGAGUACCAUUCAUGUGCUGUAUCUCUUUCUGGUGAAUUGUACGUUUGGGGUGACACCAGUUACAACAUUGGGCAAGAAGGUAGUCAUGGUAGAGAAGCAGUUUUGUGGAUUCCGAAAAAACUAGGUGGACAUUUGGAUGGCGUGCAUGUCUCAUCAGUUUCAUGUGGACCAUGGCACACUGCUGUGGUAACAUCUGCAGGGAAGUUGUUUACUUUUGGUGAUGGGACCUUCGGUGUCCUUGGACAUGGAGAUAGGAAAAGUGUUUCAACGCCCAGGGAAGUGAAGUCACUUAAGGGUAUUAGAACUUUCCGAGCAUCCUGUGGUGUUUGGCACACUGCUGCCAUAGUUGAAGUAAUGACCGGAUCUUCAAUUUCUAGCAAUUGUUCUUCGGUGAAACUUUUCACAUGGGGAGACGGAGAUAAAGGACAACUUGGCCACGUCGACAGAGAAUCAAAGCUGGUGCCAACCUGCGUUGCUGCGUUAGUUGAACCAAGCUUCUGUCAAGUGGCAUGUGGACAUAGCUUAACUGUUGCACUUACGACGACUGGCCAUGUAUACACUAUGGGAAGUCCAGUGUGUGGUCAGCUGGGAAACCCUCGAGCUGAUGGCAAGCUCCCAACCCGUGUUGAGGGUAAACUUGUGAAGAAUUUCGUUGAAGAAAUAGCAUGCGGUUCCCAUCAUGUUGCAGUUCUAACAUCAAAAUCUGAAGUUUACACAUGGGGAAAGGGUGCGAAUGGUCGGUUAGGUCAUGGGGAUGUUGAGGAUAGAAAUUCCCCGACAUUGGUAGAAGCUCUCAAGGACAAGAGAGUCAAAAGCAUUGUCUGUGGAACCAGCUUUACCGCAGCCAUCUGUCUUCACAAAUGGCUUUCAGGUAUAGACCAGUCUCUGUGUUCUGCCUGCCGCCUUCCGUUUAAUUUUAAACGGAAACGGCACAAUUGUUAUAACUGUGGGCUUGCGUUUUGCAACUCAUGUAGUAGCAAAAAGACUUUGAAGACUUCUAUGGCACCUGUUUCCACCAAGCCUUACCGUGUCUGUGACAAUUGUUACGAGAAGAUCAACAACAGUACUCAAACAAGCUUCGUUUCUAUGAGUAUUGCAAAUAGAAGAGAAAGUAUCAUCCCGGGAUCAAAUGCUGCAAACAAAAACGAUUGUUUUGAUUCAAAAAUUCAUCUCCAAUUUUCCAGAAAUCCAUUCAUUGAGUUAUUCAAGGAGGGAGAGAGCCGAUGUUCUAGAAAAAACAAGAAAUUGGGUUUUAGGAGCAGGGCUUCGUCACCACCAGGGGGUAUUUCUCGGCGUAAUGAGAAUCCAAAAUCUUCCUAUCCGGUAUUCGGAUCGUCCAAAAAAUUCUUCUCAGUUUCUCUCCCGGGUUCGAGGAUGGCAUCUCGAGCUUCAUCUCCCACAUCUAAACGACCAAGCCCUCCGCGUUCCACUACACCAUUGCCAGCACUAUCAUGCCUUACAUCAAACAAAGUUUCUGUGGGCGGCACAGCGGGAACAAAUGACAGCAUAAGAGAUGAGAUAUUCAAACUGAGAGCGCAGGUCGAUGAGCUUACCCACAAAACCGAGCUUCAAGAAGAUGAGAUUGGAAAAACAACCAGACAACUCGAGGAAGCCCUUUCGGUUGCAGCGGGAGAGACUGCGAAAUGUAAAGCAGCCAAGGAAGUAAUAAAAGCUCUCACCUCACAGUUGAAGGAACUCGCCGGAAUAUUCCCCAUAGGAGAACCAAGAAACAGUGUCAUGCUUCCUACCAACGACAAACUAACAAAACCUGAAUCACACUGUUCAGGAAAUCAGUGUAGCCCAUUUACCACUAACUUCACUUCCAAUGACUCUGGAUUGGAAACUGAUCCUAAAGCCCGAAACAGACUAAUACCCGAACAUAACGAUGGAGAAGAAUGGGUUGAGCAAUACGAACAAGGCGUUUACAUCACCCUCGUCGCAUUACCAGGAAGCGCUAGAGAUCUCAAACGCAUCCGCUUCAGCCGGAAACAGUUCACCGAGAAGCAAGCGGAACAAUGGUGGACGACAAACCGAGCUAGAGUUUACCAACGGUACAAUGUUUCCGAAGGCAAGGAAGAUUCAACAAGACCGAACUAAAAACCAGCCCGUUUUGAUUUAACCCGUCUAGUUUAGUUUUUAGAUUACGUCCAUACUAAGAAUAGAAGAAGAAACUCAGCCUCCAUCACUUUGAUCUCAGGUUUUUGCCUCACUACCUUUUCGGUGUUUUGGUAUUGUAAAUAUGCGAUUUGCUUUACUGUUUCCAUCGGCCAUAGGGACAGAGACGAGUAAAAUGGGGAAAACAGAUGAAUCAAAGUAGUGGCAAGUUUCAGACAUCUAACAUCAGCUCUUCUCUGUUUCAUUUUUA